UCUAGAUUCGUGGUCCGAGACCAAAACGGCUCAAACACUACAAACAUCUCCAUAUACUAUACCAAGUUCCAGCAUAUCGAGUUUGAGUAUAUAAGAGACCAUGAGUUUACAACAAAUCAUGGAGCAUCAGCUCGAUAAUUCGACAUUGUCAGACACAAUGUACUCUCUCAUGUCUCCAGCUGUAUUGUUAGGAUCUCUUUUCUUCUCUUUUCUAGCUGCAGCGAAUUCUUCUAUACCACAAAUUAGUCUUCAAGGAUAUGGAACAUUCGCGGGUACAAACAUCUCCAAGACUUUACUCGGAGACAACCUUCCUCAACCCGUUAAUGCUUGGCUUGGUAUAGACUACGCCGAGCAGCCAGUCGACGACAGACGCUUCCGUCCUCUCCAGUCUCAACCUCAAUCUCUUAAGGGCGUGCAGAACGCUACAAAAUACGGUUCUGUUUGCUUACAGGAUCGCAUGUAUCCUAACCCAGAUGAACAAGACGAAGCAUGCUUGAACUUUAACGUCUUCCGUACACCUGGUGUGCCGCUCAGCAAGAAACUACCAACGCUGAUUUGGAUCCACGGCGGUGGUUUUGCAUCUUUUUCAGGGCGAGAUUUCGAUGGUGCUUCUUUUGUUGCUUCCUCUGCUGAUCCAGUUGUCGUUGUUACGUUCAAUUACCGCCUCAACGCUUUUGGGUUCUUGCCUAGUAGGCUGUUUGAGCGCGAGGGUCUGCUCAACCUUGGCUUGCAAGACCAGCGUUUCUUUUUGCAGUUUCUGCAAAAACACUUGAGCUCAUUUGGUGGAGAUCCUCGUCAAAUUACGCUCGGAGGUCUAUCAGCUGGUGCACAUUCAACAGCCUUUCACUAUUUCCAUAACUAUGGCUCUGAUAAGAACAAGCCCCUCUUCGCGCGGGCGAUUCUUCAAUCUGGUUCAGCGACAGCUCGAUCAUUCCCCAGUCCCGACUAUCCCAGAUACAAGGAAGAUUUCGCAGGACUCAUGAAGCACAUCAACUGCUCUACCAAUGUUGAUGACAAGGAGCAAAUGGACUGUCUGCGCAGUGCAUCGGCGGAGAGGAUUAGGGAGUACUCGGCAAAGGCAUACGAGGAUGCUAAAGAUCAACUUAACUGGCCUUGGCAACCAUCCAUUGGAGGUCCGUUGAUCGAGAAAGCGGGAUCCAAGAGUGAAGAAGAGGGCACGUUCCAUCAUCUCCCCAUCAUCACAACCUUUACCUCUGAUGAAGGAAAAUACUACACUCCCGGCGACUUGGAAACCAACGACGACUUUGUUCAAUUCUGGCACCGAAUCAGCCCUGGUCUCAACAUCACCGAUCUCGCUCUCAUCAAUGAACUUUACCCAGACCCCGCAGCAUACCCUGAUUCCCCAUGGGCCGGAUCUCCCAAUAGCACCCAGUACAACCGCAUCUCAGCAGCAUGGUCUGAUAUGGCCUAUAUCUGCAUGAGCCGCCACACAGCCGUCACUACAUCAGGGGCAGGAGUUCCAACUUGGAGUCUUCAUUUCAACACUCCUGACUUUCCGUUGGUCGCUCAGUCAUGGAAGGGUAUUCCUCACGCUUCUGAUGCUGCAUACAUAUGGAAUGAUCCCCAAGUUGCUUAUCCUGAGACUGCGAGAAUUUACUAUCGGUAUAUCAAUAGUUUUGUCUUGACGGGUGAUCCUAAUAAGAUGAGAUUGGAUGGGGCCGUGGAGUGGCCGCAGUAUAAGGCGGGUGAGAAGGGGAGUGGGUAUGCGAAGCAGCUUCUGGUGAACCCUGGAAACUUUACUGUUGUGGAGGAGGAUAGAGGUCGGGGAAGGCAGUGUGAGUUCUGGAAUGAUCUUGAAAGAGCUGGCCGCCUCUACAAGUAAACAUGGUAUACGACAGAAAGCAUGUUCAGUUAUCCCAGCAGUUAGCGUGCAUCAAGAGGUAUCGUAGCAAGAACGAAAAGGGGGAAAUAUGAGCCGAGUUUAUGUCAAUCAAUAUCAGAGAAACCUCCUGACCC